GGGGGACCCGGGGACCCGGGCCAGGGGGCGGCGGGGGCCGCCGCGCCCGAGACCCGCGAGCACCUCUUCAAGGUGCUGGUCAUCGGCGAGCUCGGCGUGGGCAAGACCAGCAUCAUCAAGCGCUACGUCCACCAGCUCUUCUCCCAGCACUACAGGGCCACCAUCGGGGUGGACUUCGCCCUCAAGGUCCUCAACUGGGACAACCGGACGCUGGUGCGCCUGCAGCUCUGGGACAUCGCGGGGCAGGAGCGGUUUGGCAACAUGACCCGAGUAUACUACAGAGAAGCUGUUGGUGCUUUUAUAGUCUUCGAUAUAUCGAGAGGCUCCACCUUUGAGGCCGUCCUAAAAUGGAAAAGUGAUCUGGAUGGUAAAGUCCGUCUUGCAAAUGGCAGCCCUAUUCCUGCUGUCCUCUUAGCUAAUAAAUGUGACCAAAAAAAGGAUGGUGGCCAGAAUCCUCCCCAGAUGGACCAAUUCUGUAAAGAACAUGGUUUCACUGGAUGGUUUGAAACCUCUGCAAAGGAUAACAUAAACAUCGACGAAGCAGCCCGGUUCCUCGUGGAGAAUAUUCUUGCCAACCACCAAAGCUUUCCCAGCGAAGAAAACGACGUGGACAAAAUUAAACUGGAUCAGGGGACCUUGACCGCAGAGAGCAAGUCCCCGUGUUGCUGACACGGCUUCUGCUUCUGUCCCGCGCGCAGAACGCCGCCCGCCUGGGCUGGAGCGAGACCUGAGAAGGGAUGAGGUGGUGGGUGUGCGGUUCUGCGAAUCUUCCCGGGGCCGCACUUGAAAUGAACGCUCUGGGUUUUCUUCGGGGGGGAUAAAGCUUUCUCCCCGUUCGUACGACAGCGAUGGUACGUACCCCUGGGAGCCUGCUCCGACACGGGGCUUCUGUGGCGGAAGCCGUGAGUUCAGGGUAGUGUUUACAUCCCAAGUAACAUCUUUUUAAAUGACGCCUCCCCCCUUCCCCACCCCCCCAACUUCCAAGUUGUGCCUUGUAGCGGCCGCACCGGGGCGGUGGGAAACCUGACCUGCGGUCUUGGAGCAAUGCUGCGGUCUUCGUCCUGUGUCCACAUUCCAUUCCUCCGCUCCAGGGAGGCUGCAGACCCUGUUAGUCACAGAAGGCUUGCAGUUCCUGUUUUGCAGUUUUUCUUUCUUUUGCCUACUUCCAACUCUGCUGCUUCAUGUCCAAUUGUUAUCCUUAUGUAUUAUCACUUCACCAGCCCUUGCCAGGGUGGCGUGUCCUUGCUAAGGACCGAGCACGCACACCGCGCUGGCGUUCUGACUCUGGCUGCUGCCAGUUGGAAACAAUCUAAACAAACAUUCCUUCUCUCUCUCCAGUUUUGUUUUUCCUCUUCCUCCUGGUUGUUCAUUUUUGUACCUGAGAGCCUGGCUGGUAUUCCUGUUGCGGUUCUCUCCAACCGGAGCUAGUCUUUUCAAAUCUGUAUUAGUAAUGGUCGAGGAGAGAAGUCACUUCAAAGCACAUACAGUGAAAGUGGAGGCUCUGUAUGAUGAAUUAUGAAAGAAAGUAGGUCACGUGUGGUUUUACUGUAAAGUUUGGGACAUUUAAAGUAUAGCACAGGAGAAACUUAAGGCAGCCUUAUAAUAUUUGUAUUACCAUUUAACCCAGUUAAGGAAAAGAAUAAAUAUUUUGACUGAAA